CAGCCUCUGAAGUAAGAGCAACUCAUAUUUCAAUCUUUAACUAAAAUUAGACUUUGACAUGAUAGUAUUGUCUUAAUAAUAUAUGUACAGUGCAUUUUCUGUUCCUGUUAAGAUCAAUGUUUUGGUUUUUCCUCAGAAAUGGACCAAACUCUAUAUUUUAUUCUUCUCAUUGCUCUCUGCUCUGUAUCUCAAUGUGUUUUGCGUCAGUAUCACUUUAUAAAUGAGAAGAAGACCUGGACUGGAGCUCAGAGAUACUGUAGAGAGAAAUACACAGAUUUGGCCACCACUGAUGACAUGAACGACAUGAAGGAGCUGAACAAGAGUGUGACUGAUAAAAGUCUUGAGUAUGUCUGGAUUGGGCUGCAGAAGACGGGUCGUGAUGAAUGGCAGUGGUCUUCAGGUGAACCUGCGCUCUAUCUGAACUGGGCUCUUGGACAACCACAAGAUAAAGGAGAAGAGUGUGGUAUGAUGACAAAUGGACAAUGGCAUGAUUUGCCAUGUAGUGAUAACCAGCAUUUCAUCUGCUACAACAUGAACACAGGACUAGUCCUUGUCAAUCAGAAGAUGAAUUGGAGAGAUGCUCAGAGUUACUGCAGACAGAAUCACACCGAUCUGGUCAGUGUGAAGAACCAGAAUGAGAAUCAACAGGUUCAGAAGAUCAUCAGUGAUAAUAACUCAUCUGGAUCAUGGAUCUGGAUUGGUCUGUUCAGAGACUCAUGGCAGUGGUCAGAUCAGUCUGACUCCUCAUUCAGAUACUGGAAAUCUAAUGAACCUAAUAAUUCGGGAGGUGGUGAAAACUGUACAGAGAUGAAACUAGGAAUUCAGAGACAAUGGAAUGACAUCCUUUGCACCAACCAGAAUCAUUUUGUGUGUCAUGAAGAUAAACUGAUUCUGAUCAAGGAGUAUCUGACGUGGGCUGAAGCUCUGAGAUACUGCAGACAGAAUCAUGUGGAUCUGCUCUCGGUUCAUUCAGAAGAGAUUCAGCGUCGUGUGAUGAACGUGGUUAAACGAGCGUCUACUGCAGCGGUGUGGUUGGGUUUACACAACUACUGCGUCAUGAACAUGUGGCUCUGGCUGAGUGGAGAGGUCGUGUGCUAUCAGAACUGGGCACCAGGGAACGGGACGAGACCAGAAAACUGCAAACUAGAGAACAGAAAAGGAGCAGUUCAGUCUGGAGGAGAUCAGCGCUGGACCAGCCUUCCUGAAUCUCACAAGCUCAACUUCAUCUGCAGCAGAAAAUAAGAGCUAAUGUAUUUACUUUCACGCUUUUCAUUGGUCACUUCAUUAUCUUUCUGAUUUACUUUUGUGUUUUUUUUAUUUAGUAAGUUCUAAGUGAAUUUCCUUAUUGGGUUUUAAAAUGGCAAAAAAUCUUUUUUAUUCAUGUUAUGAUAUAUGUGCA